AUGGAGGACAGACAUCUACUAAAUGAUGAUCCUAAUAUUACGCUUACUAUUCGACUCAUUAUGCAAGGAAAAGAAGUUGGGAGUAUAAUAGGAAAAAAAGGUGAAAUUGUUAAAAGAUUUCGCGAAGAAUCGGGAGCCAAGAUUAACAUAUCAGACGGAUCUUGUCCAGAGCGUAUAGUUACUGUUACGGGACCCACAAAUGCUAUUUUUAAAGCAUUUUCACUUAUUUGCAAAAAAUUUGAAGAGUUUCAAGAAUUACAGAGUGGAGGGGGUUCAAUGGGUAUUCCCAAACCACCAAUAACUUUACGUUUGAUCGUGCCGGCAUCUCAGUGCGGUUCUUUAAUCGGUAAAGGCGGAUCUAAAAUAAAAGAAAUCAGAGAAGUUACCGGAGCAUCCAUUCAAGUUGCAUCGGAAAUGCUUCCAAACUCAACGGAAAGGGCAGUAACCAUUUCUGGAACUUCAGAAGCAAUAACCCAGUGUAUAUAUCACAUAUGUUGCGUUAUGCUCGAGUCUCCUCCAAAAGGAGCCACUAUUCCAUAUCGUCCGAAGCCUCAAGUCGCUGGUCCCGUCAUUCUUGCAGGUGGUCAAGCCUAUACAAUUCAGGGUAAUUAUGCUGUACCCGCACAUGAUAAUCGUGCUCUUGAAAAUAAAAUAAAAAGGUUCAGGCAUUUAAUUGAUGAAUUUGAUUCUGGUUCAGAAUGUUAG